AUGUCCUCCCACGAAGACGACGGCCCUUCCCCUUACGAGAAUCGCUCAAUUAGAGUCCCUCGUAAAGCAAUUACGAAUGGCCCCUCGCCAGCGCAAUGCGUUCUCUUUUCGGAUCCCGAUAAUACGCGCACGUCAUUCAGCAACCUGAACGCUUUUCCGGCUCUCUCGGCCUUCCUAGCUUUUCGGUUCGUUUUUUACGGGUUCCUUUUUCCUUUCUUCCGGCCUUCGGUUUUUCGGCUUUUCGGCUCUUCGGUUCUUCCGGUCCGUCCUACGGAUUCUCUUCGUCCUUCGGCCCCUUUCGGUUCCUCAAAACCGCCCUCGCACGGCCACGGGCCCUCCCUUUCUUUCGGCGAUUUAACCGACCUCUCAAUACUUAAGCAUUUGCAUCUCGAAUACUUGCAAUACGCUUUCGGUUCCUUCGGCGCAAUAGAACUCGUCGCUCUCGACAAUCAAACAAAGACUCAGCUUUUUGAAAGAUCGAAAUCCCACCCUCCAGCAUGCUCCUCACAGCUCCUUCGAUUAGCAAGCUUAUCAAUCUACCCGUUGUGCGUCGGGCUAAUAGAACGCUAUUACGUCUUUAUGCGACGCGCUUUUGAGAUCGUCAUAAAAGAGCUUCUAAAAGCCUUAAAGGAAGACCGGCUUUAA